AUGUUAAGUCCUGAACGUAGACCAUCCAUGGCAGAACGUCGUCCAUCAUUUUUUAGUUUCAACCAGAACCCAAGCCCUCUAGUCGUCCCGCAUUUGGCUGGUAUUGAAGAUCCUUUACCUGCUACUACCCCAGAUAAAGUUGAUGUUCUAAUUGCUGGGACUGGUAUGGUGGAAAGUGUAUUGGCUGCAGCAUUGGCCUGGCAAGGUUCUAAUGUCCUUCAUAUUGACAAGAAUGACUAUUAUGGGGACACUUCAGCCACAUUGACAGUAGACCAAAUUAAAAGAUGGGUGAAUGAAGUUAAUGAGGGCUCAGUAAGCUGUUAUAAGAAUGCAAAAUUGUAUGUAUCCACACUCAUCGGCAGUGGGAAGUAUUCCUCGAGGGAUUUCGGUAUUGACCUCUCUCCGAAGAUCCUUUUUGCGAAAUCGGAUUUAUUGUCGAUUCUGAUCAAAUCGAGAGUUCACCAAUAUUUAGAAUUCCAAUCAUUAUCUAAUUUUCACACUUAUGAAAAUGACUGUUUCGAAAAAUUAACGAAUACAAAGCAAGAAAUAUUCACUGACCAAAAUCUGCCAUUAAUGACCAAAAGGAACCUAAUGAAAUUUAUCAAAUUUGUACUCAACUGGGAAGCACAGACGGACAUAUGGCAACCGUAUGCGGAAAAAACCAUGUCGGAUUUUCUAGUGGAAAAGUUUAGAUUGGAAAAACCACAAGUUUUUGAACUAAUCUUUUCAAUCGGAUUAUGUUAUGACCUUAACGUGAAAGUUCCAGAAGCUCUACAAAGAAUACGUCGAUAUCUAACUAGUUUUGAUGUUUAUGGACCAUUCCCUGCAUUGUGCUCCAAAUAUGGUGGGCCAGGAGAAUUGUCACAGGGGUUUUGUAGAUCAGCCGCUGUAGGUGGUGCCACCUACAAGCUUAAUGAAAAAUUAGUAUCUUUCAACCCUACAACCAAAGUGGCCACAUUCCAAGACGGCUCUAAAGUGGAAGUUUCUGAGAAGGUAAUAGUGUCACCUACUCAAGCACCUAAUGAGAGCAAACAUGUUCCACUACAACAAUACCAAGUCCAUCGUUUAACCUGUAUAGUUGAAAAUCCCUGUAACGAAUGGUUUAAUGAGGGCGAAUCUGCAGCCAUGGUUGUUUUUCCUCCGGGCUCUUUGAAAUCUGGUAAUAAGGAAGUAGUACAGGCCUUCAUUCUCGGUGCUGGCAGCGAAAUUUGUCCAGAAGGAACUAUUGUAUGGUAUUUAUCAACAACAGAACAAGGUCCACGUGCGGAAAUGGACAUUGAUGCCGCCUUGGAAGCUAUGGAGAUGGCUCUUCUAAGGGAGUCUUCUUCGGGUCUAGAAAACGACGACGAAAUCGUUCAAUUAAGAGGUGAUGGUCAUACAAUAGUAAAUUCCGUUAAGUUGGGUCAAUCUUUCAAAGAGUACGUUCCUAGGGAGAGGUUACAGUUCCUGUUCAAACUUUAUUAUACGCAGUACACAUCCACACCACCUUUCGGUGUAGUCAGCUCCUCUUUCUUUGAUGCCAAUCAAGACUUAGAAAAGAAAUACAUUCCUGGUGCCAGUGAUAAUGGUGUCAUAUAUACAACCAUGCCUUCUGCUGAGAUAUCAUAUGAUGAAGUGGUCACUGCAGCCAAAGUUCUAUACGAGAAAAUAGUAGGUAGUGAUGAUGACUUCUUUGAUCUAGAUUUCGAAGAUGAAGAUGAGAUACAAGCUGGCGGUGCUGUCAACACAGAACAAUUUGAAAGCGCCAUAGACGAUGAUGAUGAUGAUGUUAAUAUGGAAGGUUCCGGUGAAUUUGUAGGUGAAAUGGAGAUAUGA